AUGGAUAAAAAAAAAUUAAAACCAAGUACCAGUAGCUCAUCAUCAGCACCCACUACAAAUAAGUCAAAAAACUCAUCCACAGGAGCAGCAUCAAAAAGUACGGGUGAAAAUGCCGUAGUGUCCCAACCUGUUCGCCGAGUUAUACAAAAUUUCCUCCUGGUUUGGCUAGAUGCCAAUAUUGAUGCAUCUAACGACGAUUUCAAAACGUCAAUACAACAUUUACAGCAUAUUGUAGCAUCAAUAACAACAUUCACAAAUGCGCAAGAAUGUGUCAAAUUUCUCAAUGAUAUUAAGAAUGAAAAGAUAUUCAUGAUUGUAUCUGGUACACUAGGGCAGCAAAUUGUACCGAAAGUUGAAUCAUGGCCACAAAUUGAUUCAAUUUAUGUUUUUUGUGGAAAUAAAUCUGUUCAUGAACAGUGGGCAAAGAAAAUACUGAAAAUCAAAGGCGUACACACCAAAAUUGAACAUAUUUGUGAAGUACUCAAGAUCGAUCGAAAUCGAUGCGAUCAAGCCAUGAUUUCGGUCAGCUUCAAUGGUCUCGACCCACUAUUUAUGUAUACACAAUUAUUAAAAGAAACAUUCUUAGAAAUCGAAGACGACGAUGCAAACUCAAUUAAAGACCUCGUCGAUUAUUGUCGUCUUCAUGAAGAUAUACCUAAAGACGAAAUAAAAAAAGUCCAGACUGAAUAUCGUGAUCAUACACCAAUCUGGUGGUAUACAGCCGAAACUUUUAUUUAUCCCAUGCUGAAUCGCGGACUUCGAAUAAUGGAUAUCGAUAUUAUACUAAAGAUGGGUUUUUUCAUUCGGCAUUUGCACAAUCAUAUUGCUGAAUUACAUCGAGAACAACAAAGUAACAAAUUGGCAAUGCCAUCGAAAUUUCAAGUUUUUCGCGGACAAGGUUUAUCUUUGGAAGAUUUCGAAAAAAUGAACAAAACCAAUGGAGGGCUUAUGUCGUUCAAUAAUUUUCUAUCAACGAGUCGAAAUCGUGAUAUUUCAUUGAAAAUGUUUGCAAGACCAGCAGCAUUUAACUCGAAUUCUGUUGGCAUCCUCUUUGUUAUGAGCAUCGAUACGGCCAUUUGUACUCUAUCAUCAACACCUUUUGUCAACGUCAUAGAUGUUGGCUUCUUUAAAGAUAAAGAGGAAGAGAUACUUUUCUCAACACAUACAAUUUUUCGCAUCGAUCGUAUAGAACGAAUUCAGGAUGGUCAUACUGAUCGCUUAUGGCAAGUUAAUCUCAUCCUUGUGGGUAAUCAAGACAAGGAUUUUGACAAACUAACGGUACAUAUGCGCGAAGAGCUUCACGAAGUGGGUACAGGAUGGUCGCGACUGGGUCAAAUACUUAUUAGAGUGGGAGACUUCGAAAAAGCAGGAUAUCUCUAUCAGCUGCUCCUAGAAAAGGCUUCUUGUGAUGGAGAUAGAGCGCAGUAUAAUAUUCAACUUGGUACGGUGUAUGCACAAAUGGGCGAAUACUCCAAAGCAAUUACUUUGUAUCAACGAUCACUUGAACUCAAGAAAGUAGCUCUUCCUCCGAAUCAUCCCGACCUAGCUACUUCCUAUAACAACAUCGGUGCUGUAUAUGACAGUAUGGGCGAGUAUUCGAAAGCCCUUUCGUCAUACGAAAGAUCUCUUGAAAUCCGAAAAACAUGUCUUCCUGAAAAUCAUCCAGAUUUGGCUAAUUCAUACAACAACAUCGGUUCAGUAUAUGAUAGCAUGGGCGACUACUCGAAAGCCCUUUCAUCGUAUGAAAGAUCUCUUGAAAUCCGAAAAAAAUUUCUACCGGCAAAUCAUCCAGAGUUGGCUAGUUCAUACAACAACAUUGGUUCAGUGUAUUUUAACAUGGGCGAGUACUCGAAAGCACUUUCAUACUACGAAAAAGAUCUGGAGAUCAACCAAAAGAAUCUCUCUCCAACACAUUCGCAUAUUUUAGAAUUGAAAAGAUACAUUGAGAUGGCGANUGGUGGCGCUAUGUUCCACCGUAUUGAGCAUUGGAAAAAUGUUUGA